AUGGUAGCGGAUAAUUAGCUGUCUCUGGGAGAAGGCUGGGGGGAGUUGGGCCGCUGGGCCGGGUUAGGGAGGCUGGGGCUGGGGCUGCGGCCGUCGGGGUCAGUCCCUGGACCGUGCGGGUGGAGUCGCCCCCGAGCCUGGGGCCAUGGAGCUGCAACUGGCUCGCGUGGAUUAUUUGCAGGUGGGAGUGACAUCUCAGAAGACCAUGAAGCUUCUUCCUGCAUCAAGACGUAGGGCAACACAGAAGGUUGUCAUUGGAGAUCAUGAUGGUGUUGUUACAUGUUUUGGCAUAAAAAAAGGGGAAGCUAUGCCAGUGUUCAAGACACUGCCAGGGCAAAGGAUCACAAGGCUGGAGCUGGGAGGAGCUCUUAAUACACCACAGGAGAAAAUUUUUGUGGCUACAGGAUCAGAGGUUAGAGGUUUCACAAAGAGAGGGAAGCAGUUCCUUUCAUUUGAAACUAACCUCACUGAAAACAUCAAAGCUAUGCAUAUAUCGGGAGCAGAUCUCUUUCUUUGUGCAAGCUAUAUCUAUAACCAUUACUGUGACUGCAAGGACCAGCACUACUACCUGUCAGGAGAUAAAAUCAAUGAUGUCCUUUGUCUUCCAGUAGAGAAACUGUCUUGCAUUAGACCAAUAUUGGCAUGCCAGGAUAGAGUCCUUAGAGUUUUACAGGGGUCUGAUUUGCUAUAUGAAGUGGAAGUUUCUGGACCGCCUACUGUUCUUGCUUUAAACAAUGGAAAUGGUGGUGAUUCUGGAGAAGAACUUCUGUUUGGAACAUCUGAUGGGAAAGUUGGUCUCAUUCAGGUUUCAAGUGCAUCUCCGGUACAUAAGUGGGAAGUCAGAAAUGAGAAGAAGAGAGGAGGUAUCUUAUGUGUUGAUAACUUUGACAUUCUGGGUGAUGGAGUUAAAGAAUUACUUGUUGGCCGAGAUGAUGGUAUGUUAGAAAUCUAUAACUUCGAUAGCACAAAUGAGCCUGUCCUUCGAUAUGAUCACGCCUUGUCAGAGAGCAUCACAUCUAUCCAGGGUGGCUGUGUAGGAAAGGAUGGGUAUGAUGAAAUCUUAGCAUCCACAUAUUCAGGAUGGGUGACAGGACUGACUACAGAGCCUGUCCAUAGAGAAGGCGGAUUUGGUGAAGAACUAAAGAUAAGCCAAGAGAUGCAGAACAAGAUUUCAUCCUUAAGGAAUGAGUUGGAACAUUUACAGAUAAAGGUCUUGCAAGAACGUGAAAAAUACCAGCAGUCUUCUCGGUCCAGUACUGCUCUUUCAGCAGUACCUGCAUUUAGUGUGAAUGACAAGUUUACAUUAAAUAAGGAUGAUGCCAGCUACAGUCUUAUCUUAGAGGUGCAGACAGCAAUAGAUAAUGUCUUGGUACAGAGUGAUGUUCCAAUAGACCUACUGGAUGUGGAUAAAAAUUCUGCUGUUGUUAGUUUUAGUGGCUGUGAUUCUGAACCAAACAGCAACUUUCUCCUUGCCACUUACCGAUGUCAAGCAAAUACUACUAGACUGGAGCUUAAGAUUCGAUCAAUUGAAGGCCAGUAUGGGACACUGCAAGCAUAUGUAACACCAAGAAUUCAACCGAAAACUUGCCAACUUUGUCAAUAUCAGAUUAAACCACUUUCACUUCAUCAAAGAACUCACUUUAUUGAUCAUGACAGACCCAUGAACACACUGAUGCUCAAAGGCCACUUCAGUUUUGCUGAAAUUCACUCCUGGGUUGUGUUUUGCUUGCCUGAAGUUCCUGAAAAAACUCCAAUAGGCGAUAGUGUGACUUUCUACUUUCAGAACACCUUCCUGGAUACACAGCUUGAAAGUACUUACAGAAAAGGGGAGGGAUUUUUCAAAUCUGACAACAUUUCUACCAUAUCCAUUCUAAAAGAUGUGCUCUCUAAAGAAGCCACCAAAAGGAAAAUUAAUCUCAAUAUAUCAUAUGAUAUAAAUGAAGUAUCUGUGAACCACACAUUAAAACUAAUCCACCCGAAACUAGAAUAUCAGCUGCUGUUGGCCAAGAAAGUUCAGUUAAUAGAUGCUUUAAAAGAGUUGCAGGUUCAUGAGGGAAACAUGGACUUCCUGAUACCAGAGUACCGCUGCAUUUUAGAGGAAGCAGACUACCUUCUUGAAGAGUACAAGAAACAACCUGCACAUCUUGAGAGACUUUAUGGCAUGAUUACAGAUCUCUUCAUUGAUAAAUUUAAAUUUAAAGGCACAAAUGUGAAAACUAAAGUUCCUCUUCUUCUGGAAAUUUUGGACAGUUAUGACCAAAAUGCACUGAUUGCAUUCUUCGAUGCUGCUGCCUAAACUAGAAGAAAUGAUAUGUUGGGACAGUUUUCUUAUUGAUGUGAAUCAGGGCAAUCAGAUAUUGAAUAUUUUUAAUGUAAGUGCUUUUAGUAUAUCUUGAUUUGCUUUUAUGUAUCUAACAUUUUGCUGUGUUGACCGUUCUAUAAUGUGGUCCUGUACUUGUAUUUAUUACAGUAUGUUCAGAAUUUGAGCUGAAAAAACUGUAAAGCCUAUUGCAUAUGAAGUAUGUUUACUUGAAUACCGAUCAUAAUAGCUGAAGAAAAUUGUGAUAGGAUCAGGUGCAAAGACUUAAAUUUUUUUGAAAAUACUAACUUUUAUUACUCUAGUUAAACAGGACAUGGGAGAAGAUUCCACAGUUGUAAGAGUUCUAGAGAAACAAGUCUUUGUGGACUUGGCAUCUGUCUAAUAUUAAAUAUAUUGGGGGAAAUUAAGAAAGUAACAAUUGGAAAUGUAUAGCUAUAUCAAACUGUUUAAAAUACUCACUGUAUACAGAAAACGGUACAAUACUGUAAAUUACCUGUAUGUUGUAUAUAUUAUAGAUAUUAAAGACAAUUUUGUAUGUAGGAAGGGAAAGAGGUACUUAGUUGCUUUAAAGGAUAAUUAGGUAUAUAAUUGCAUUAUGUUGCAUAAGCCAUCUAGUAAGUAUAAAAUUCUUAAGAACGCGUAUAAAUUAUUGUAUAUAGUCCCCUUAGAAGGGAUUGAGUUGGACUGCCUCCAUACUGCUCCUAUGCCUGAAAUGCUCACUGUCACCAUCUAUCAGGCGCUUACCCUCUUUGUGGUUUUUUUUCCCCCUUCCAAACCCUCCCGAAAAAUUUCUAUUACAAAGUCCACAGUCUCUAACAUCUUUUAGUAACAAUGGCAUCUCCUAUCUCUUGCAAAGCAUUUUUGAGAGAACACUUUUUUGUCCUAUGGAUUUAGAUGGUAAGCAUAUUAGGGCAGGAACACUAACUACUUUUGUCUUGUACAGCAUCAAUCAUGCUGUCUAUGCCUAACAACAAAUAAAUCUAUUUUCAACGAGU